AUGAGACUUCUCAAUACUCAUACUCUUGAGAUGAAGGAAUUUUUCGACUCCCAGGUUCCCCCGUACGUUAUUCUGUCACACACUUGGGGAAACGAAGAGAUCUCAUUUUCCGAGAUGGAGAGCAACAAUGAGACAGCCAGAUCAAAGGCAGGAUACCAAAAGAUAACAAAAUUUUGUGCUUUAACCAAAAGGCACGGAUUCGAGUACGGAUGGGUGGACACAUGCUGUAUCGACAAGAGGAACAGUGCAGAACUGUCUGAGGCUAUCAACUCUAUGUAUGCAUAUUAUUAUGAUGCGGCAGAAUGUUUUAUCUUCCUUGAUGAUGUAUGGCCAAUUUCCGAGGGAGGGAUAGAUCAUAAAGUUCAGAUUGCGUUUAUGAAAGCUAGUCGGUGGUUCACCCGACGUUGGACAACGCAGGUAAAAUCCGAUACUAGAUUCUGUUAAGAAUAAUUAAGUGUUCCAUUGCUGACAAGAUCCUAAAUUAAGGAGCUAUUAGCACCAAAGAUAAGAAAGCUUUUCGCCAAAGACUGGUCCUUGAUUGACCACUGGGAAAAUUUGCUCAGCCUAGUGACCGAGAUAACGAACAUCGAUGAGCGAGCCCUCAGAGACAGAGAUACUAUACCAAGUUUUUGCGUCGCUCAACGAAUGUGUUGGGCUUCAAAGAGCCAAACUACCCGUAAUGAAGAUAUGGCUUGUAGCUUGAUGGGAUUGUUCAAUGUCAACAUGCCUGUCAUAUACGGCGAAGGCUCACAUAAAGCAUUCAGAAGAUUGCAAAAUGAGAUAAUGCAGGUAUCUUUUGAUCAGACUAUCUUUGCUUGGCGUGGCGACUACCAGAGCAGCGGGCUCCUUGCAAGGUCCCCGACUGAUUUCCGUGAGACGCCAGAGUUAGGACUUUGGCAUCCGGUGAACCUGUCACCGUAUGCCAUGACAAAUGUCGGAUUGUCACUCAGAUUGCUGAAAAUUCCAGCAGAUGACAAGAAUGACAUGUCUACACCCCUCGCCGUGUUGCAAUGUGACGUCAAAGAUGGGAAUACUUGGAAGAUUCUAUCUAUUCAUCUAAAGCAACUUGGAGAUAAAGACACAAAGUUUUUUGUCAAUGGGAAAUCAUGUACGGCGUAUCGUCGGAUCAGGUGUUAUGAAUGGAAACCAGUUGAACCCGCGGGGAAGGUUCAAGGCGUGCGCUGGCAGAACGAGCAUGGCCUUGUUUUGGAAGAUGAGCAUUACGAGCUUUUAAAGCAUUCAAUUGAGGAUACUAGGAGGAGGUGGGAACUAGAAAUACAAUAUCAGCACUUUGGGUCGGUUGGGAUUGAUUACGUGUACGAGUAG